AUGGGCUCGCUUAGCUUACCAUCAUUGCCAUUGAGGGUCGACGAACUCAGCCUCGCAUCAACAUUACAUGACAGCUGCGAUUUCGGCAAAGCGCAUCCAUGGGGAAAAUUACCCACUGAAACGGGCAUGGCUCGUCUUAGUCUUGACGACUCUGACAAACAGGUCAGACACUGGUUCAUGAGCUACGCCCAGUCCCUUGGCUGCAAGACAUUCUUCGAUCAGAUGGGCAACCUAUUUGCUAUUCGCCCAGGCAAGAACAAUGACUUGCAUCCUGUCAUGAUGGGUUCUCAUCUAGACACGCAACCAACUGGUGGUCGCUACGACGGCAUUCUAGGCGUUGUUGCUGGCCUUGAGGUUAUUAAGACGCUCAAUAAUCAUGACGUCGAGACGGAGGGCCCUAUUGGAGUAGUCAACUGGACAAACGAAGAAGGUGCUCGAUUUCCCAGUAUGGCCGUGGCAUCGGGAGUAUGGGCCGAGGUCAUCCCUCUUCAAACAGCUUGGGAUCUACAAGAGGUCCUCGUGUCGAAUCCCAAAACGAUGAAACAAGAGUUGGAUCGUAUCGGCUUCACGGGUGAUGUGCCAGCUUCCUACAAGUCAAAUCCCUUUGCUGCACACUUCGAGCUGCAUAUCGAGCAGGGACCUAUCCUGGAAGACGAAGGCCUCAAGAUCGGCAUCGUUGAAGGUGUCCAAGCAUUCAAGUGGUUUACUAUCACCGUCCGAGGUCGCGAUAGUCACGCUGGCACAACGCCAUUCUAUGCACGCAAAGACUCAGUCCUAUGCGCGAGUAAAAUGAUCGUUGCCACCAACGCUAUCGCCAAACGUUUUGAUGGAUUAGCAACAACAGGUAUCUUCACAGCAGAUCCUGGUAGCCCCAACACAAUGGCGCACACGGUGAGAUUCACUCUUGACAUACGCCACGUGCAAGACGAGAUCCUCGCAAAGAUUUUGCAAGAAUGCGAGUCCGAGUUUCUUCGCAUCUCAGAGCAUGACAGCGAAAAGGGUUGCGAAGUCGGCUGGGAGCUCUUGGUUGACAGUCCAGCGGUGAAAUUCGACAAGGGCUGUAUCGCUGCUGUCGAAGAAGCCGCUGCCGAAGUUUGCUCUACUUUGCCGCAGAACGAAGCUGGAAAGCUUUGGAAGCCGAUGAUAAGCGGUGCUGGACACGAUAGUUGCUUUUCGAAUCGUAGAUGCCCUACCAGUAUGAUCUUUACGCCUACAAGAUCAGGGAUUAGUCACAACCCAACGGAAUAUUGCUCACCGGAAGAUUGCGCGCUCGGAGCGAGUGUCUUAAUGGGGGCCGUUUUGAGGUAUGACAAAUCGCGUAAGGUUAGGAAAGAAUGA